AUGAACUCCAGCACUCCUACACAUUCAUUAAAGUUACUUCCCUUUUCUCUUCUAUUCCUUCUAGGGAUUGUUUCUGCAGCACCACACAACAUUCCCAGACUUACUGCAAUUCGUGGGAAACAGUUUAAACAGGCAUCUAAUACCAUAUUAGCUUAUAAUUCGGAGGAUUUCAAAACCUUCUUCCACAACCAAACACUCGACCACUUCAAUUUCAGGCCCGACAGCUAUGCAAUAUUUCAACAAAGAUACAUGAUCAAUGAUAAGUACUGGGGUGGUGCAGAGGCAAACGCGCCAAUCUUUGUUUAUCUUGGUGCAGAGAAUCCAUUAGAUGAUGACUUUAAUGUGAUUGGAUUUUUAGCUGAUAACGCGCCUUAUUUCAAAGCUCUCCAAGUUUAUAUAGAGCAUCGUUACUACGGGCAAUCAGUUCCAUUUGGAUCAAUCGAAGAAGUCAUGAAGAAUGAAGACACCCGCGGUUACUUCAGUUCAGCUCAAGCUAUUGCGGAUUACGCAGAAGUUAUCCUACACUUGAAAGGAACACUAUCUGCCCAGAGCUGCCCAGUUAUUGUUGUGGGAGCUUCUUACGGGGGAAUGCUUGCUUCAUGGUUUCGGCUCAAGUAUCCUCACGUUGCUCUUGGAGCUCUAGCCUCUUCAGCUCCUAUCCUCUAUUUUGAUGACAUCACUCCACAAAAUGGAUACUACUCGUUGUCAGCAAGGAUUUCAAGCGCCUUAGUCUUUGUUAAUGAUGGGGUAUUGCAGGAAGCAAGCGAGAGUUGCUACAAAACAAUACAAGAAUCAUGGUCCGAAAUCGACAGAGUUGCUUCCCAGCCCAACGGUCUCUCUAUCCUCAGUCAGAAGUUCCGGACAUGCUCGCCAUUGAACAACUCUUCUGACCUCAAGGACUACUUGGAGAGCAUUUACACCUACGCAGCUCAGUACAAUGAUCCCUCUACUAAUCCUGUUAGCAAUAUCUGUGCUGGAAUUGAUGGAGCCGGCCAAGGAACCGACGUUCUCAGCCGGAUAUUCACCGGCUUGGAUGCUUAUUAUCAAGAUUCAUGCUAUAACUUAAAUCCCUCGGGCACAACUUCAAGGUCCUACUUUAAUGGGUGGGGUUGGCAAAGAUGUAGUGAAAUGGUGAUGCCCAUUGGCCGCAGUGACAACACCACCAUGUUUCCACCAGAACCCUUUGAUCUAGAUAGCUAUGUUAAGCGUUGCGUGAGCUUGUAUGGCGUCUCACCUCGGCCCCAUUGGGUCACCACCUACUACGGAGGCCAUGAUAUAAAAUUGGUUCUUCGAAGGUUUGCUAGCAACAUCAUCUUCUCCAAUGGCCUCAAAGAUCCAUACAGCAGUGGAGGGUAA